GCGCACCCCGCUCCAGGGACCCUAGGUUUUCUAUGGGAUUCCCAAUCUGCAGCAGAUUUACCGGAGCGUGUUGCGGCGGCGGCUGGGCUUGCAAGGCGCGAUCCAAGAGGGAGUUAAGCCUCCCAGAGCUCCGAGCCAAGAGAGCGAACCAGAGAGAAUCAUACAGAAAGACGGCUUAACCGUUUGCCAGAAUUAAAUAUAUCUGUAUAUUUUUAAAGAACUGUUGAGUUUGAUCAUUUAAGUGGCCGUGCGCAGCGCUAUAACUGCAGGAUGGGGAAGCAGAAUAGCAAACUGGCCCCUGAAGUCAUGGAGGACCUGGUGAAGAGCACGGAGUUCAACGAGCAUGAGCUCAAGCAGUGGUACAAGGGCUUCCUCAAGGACUGCCCGAGCGGGAGGCUGAACCUCGAGGAGUUCCAGCAGCUCUACGUGAAGUUCUUCCCUUAUGGUGAUGCGUCCAAGUUCGCCCAGCAUGCCUUCCGAACCUUCGACAAGAAUGGAGACGGCACCAUCGACUUCCGAGAGUUCAUCUGUGCCCUGUCCAUCACCUCAAGGGGCAGCUUCGAGCAGAAGCUGAAUUGGGCCUUCAACAUGUAUGACCUGGAUGGUGACGGCAAGAUCACCCGAGUGGAGAUGCUGGAGAUCAUUGAGGCGAUCUACAAAAUGGUGGGCACUGUGAUCAUGAUGAAGAUGAAUGAGGAUGGUCUCACGCCGGAGCAGCGAGUAGACAAGAUUUUCAGCAAGAUGGAUAAGAACAAAGAUGACCAGAUCACACUGGAUGAAUUCAAAGAAGCUGCAAAGAGCGACCCUUCCAUUGUUUUACUUCUGCAGUGCGACAUCCAAAAAUAAGGUGAUGUCAGAGCUAUGGACCGCACAAGUCUCAAUGUUCCAUUCAGUCUGCAGCCACACACACAGACACACACACAAAUAUUGCUUGGACUAUCUAUAAAUGGACUUGCUUCUUGUGUUUGAAACACUUGUGUGCAUGAGAAUGUGAUUUGCUAAUGAAUUUUAAAAGCAUAUAUUAUAAAAUGAGACAGACAACCUGCCACAAAGUGAUCCGUGUAAUAUCAUUUCAUAAAAAAACCCCUCCUCCCUCCAAGCCUGGGCAGAAACGUGCUGCAGCGUUGUACGAGUUCUUGUACAUGUCUUGCUGAUGCUAGUGUCUCCUUGAUUACAUGUUAGUAGCACUGAGCCCUCACAGCAAUGUAACUCAAUGAUAAGCUGUGCUGCCAUUCUCCUGUAAAAUAGUGCUGGCCGGCUGCACACAGGGGCCCUUGGCUCCCAAGUCUGGUCCACACAUGACAGCUUCCAUCAUCAGUGAAGAGAAAUGUACAUUUGCAUGCCUUUUGGGUUUGCCCUAAUUCUGACCUCACUUGCAUCCUAUCAAUCUGGAAAGAGCUGUGUUGGAUGAAUGCAGUAUAAAAUUUAAAAAUCCU